UAUAUCUGUUCCCAGGGUGGUGGGAGUGGGGUCCUUCCACCACGGCACAAGAGGGGUGCACACAGACGAUCUGCCUGCAUUGACCGCAGAUAGAGACCCCCUGACUAUGGGGCACGGAUGCCCACUGGUGAAGCCGACCUUGCUUUGUUUCAUCUCUAUCUUGGUGUUUGUCAGCAAUCUUCAGCGUUCCUUGGCUUGUGGACGCAUCUCUCCAAUCCCUGCUCCUCCAUCUUCCUGCAGUGUUCUCCCUGCACAUGAAUGGGACAGAACCACAAUUCCAGCUUUGCAGAAGGCAGCAGGGACGUGCCCAGGAUGACAGCGUGGUGAGAGGUCCUGCCAGGAGGGCAGCACUGGCUGCUUGCUCUCCAGGGACCUCAGCCGGGGCUGGAGGGCACCCCUGAAGGCAGGCACAAGUUUGGCAUCUCAUGGAACGCCAGGACCCCGCGAGGGACGAGUCCUACAGUCCCUGAAGCAGGUGGAGAGAGGGCAGGGGACUUACACCAGGCCACACGGCGAGUCUCCGGCCGUGGCUGGACUGGGCUCCCCAGGCCUGGACCAGUCCCCAGAAUCCUGCUGAACGCCCCCCAUGCCCGCACCCACCCCGGCCCCACUGAAGGAGUCGGGCAGGACCACCCCGGGGAGGCCAGGGCAGGACCCACAGCUUCAGGCUCCAGGGACCACUGCAGGGCUGCUCACACUUCUGUCAGGCAGCCCCCCGGCCGAGCAGGGCAGCCUGGGGAGCGGCGACGGUGUGCUUGUUCAGGGCCCACGGCAGAGGCCUCGCAGCACCGGGCAGACGGCUAAGAAGGACCGGGGGCCCUUGGGCCGCAACAAGAAAGGCCAUGGCUCUGCCGAGGCCGAGGAUCUCCUGCCCUCUCCCCCACGGAAGCCCUCCUUCCCCUUCCAGUGGGCCUGGGAGAGCUUCGCCACCGACGGCCGGGCCCCACUUCGGCCUGGCUCCCCACCGGCCCCCGGCCAAGAGCAGCCGGCCCAGGGCACCCGCGUGCCACCCCUGCCUCCCGCGACCCACCGGAUGCAGCUGCAGCACAAGUCCAGGCGCAAGGCCAAGGCCAAGGCUGGCCUUCUGGAGCCCCCCGGCGGCAGCGGGAGGACGGAGGCGCAGGUCGCUGAGACGAGGCAGCAGUCCGGGGCCUGGGGCAGCAAAGGGGAGAGCCUGGGGCUGGAGCCACCCGGCGAGUGGGGCCUCUGGCCGCCCAGGAAGAGAGCGGGGCCUGGGUGCGAGGAGGCCACCGAGGAGGAGGCGCUGGAUGCCAAGGAGGCCGAGAGGGGUCUGAGCCCUGGGGAGCUGCCCCAGCUCCCCAGGAGGGGCUCACUCUGGGAGGAGGAGGGGUCCACCGAAGAGACAGAGGAGGGGGCGCACAGUGCCCCCCAGAGAGGGAGAGCCUGUUCUCGAAGGAGGGGGAAGAACUCUGGUGAGGAGCCCUGGGGCGGGGGUGAGCUGCGGGGCCAGGGCCUGGGGAGCCACUCCAGCUCCAGCCACUGUCAGGGGUCGCAGAGGAGGAAGUCAGGGGCCAAGAUGCUGCAGGGGCCGUGGGACCUACAGAAGCUGCAGAGGCAGUUACAGAGAGACUUGGAGGAGCGGGGCCUCUGUGGCUCCCAAAGGCAGCCCUGGAAAAUUUUGCGGACUGCUGUCCAGGCCUCCAGCCGAGGCAGGAAGACCCAGGCCUCGGGAGAUGAUGAGACCUUCCUGUCUGCCAGCUUCCUUAACCGCACCUUCCACAAACGACAGGAGGCCACCAGAAACCUGCUGAAGACCUGGGAGGAGCAGCAGCAGGAGGAGCGGCAGCGGGCUGAGCUGCGCCGGGCCCGGGAACAGCGGGUACAGCAGCAGGUGGCUCGCUGCCUAGCUGCCUACGUGCCCAAGGGGAGCAGGGGGCCAGGGGCUGCCCAGCGCAAGCUGGAGGAGCUGAGGAGGAAGGUUCCUUGCUUGGCACAUGGCCAAGGGUUCUGGCCCAAGAAGGCAGCAUUUUUCCAAGGGGUCCAGCACACUUGCCAGAGGCGCCAGGAGCGACAGCGCUUUGCUGAGUACCAGGCGGAGCUGCAGGGCAUCCAGCACAGGGUGCAGGCCCGGCCCUACCUGUUCCAGCAGGCCAUGCAGGCCAAUGCCCGGCUCACAGUGAGCCGUCGCUUCUCCCAGGUGCUGUCAGCGCUGGGCCUGGAUGAGGAGUGGCUGCUGGCCGAGGCGGGCAAGGGGGACACGGAAGGCACCUGCAGGAAACCCAGGAGCCACAGAUCAACAGGGCUGAGAAGACAGCCCUCUUCUCAGAGCCCCUUGAGGAUAGAAGCCGGACACACCAGCAGCCAGCCUGACUGGUCCUCUGCUCCCAGCUUGGAUCUGGAGUCCAGUCCCUAAGAUCAAAAUUAAAUGAUCUACGGAAAAUACAGAGUGGGAUUUCUGGGGGAUACAGGGGGAAGUGGGUCUGCCAGUUGGUUGUAGGAGGUGGCAGGUGGGUGGGCAGCAGGUUUAGCAUCUGUCCCCCACCUUCCCCAGAAGCUGACUGUUCUAGCUGCCCACCCCUCUCCCCCCCAGCAGCACACACAGCCCAGU